GCUAAUAAUCUUGAUGUGAAUUGAAAUAAAGAUGAGCUUCAUGCAACUAACUGUUCAAUUCUGCUCUUUACUCAACCCAGUAUCAUUUAAUGUAUUGAAAAUAAACGAUUUAAUAUAAUGCCAAUCCAGUUAUUUGAGUCAGAAAAUCAUGCAUCAAAUUAUGCUUUAGCUCGUCCCUCGCCUCCAAAAUUACUGAUUGAUUCAAUUGUUAAGUAUCUACAAUCGGGUUUACCGUCAAACAAAAAUGGCUCUUGGACUCAGGCAGUCGAUGUCGGUGCUGGUUCAGGUCAGACAACAUUCUUAAUCAAGGAUUACUUCGAUCAAAUUCUUGGAGUUGAUAUAAGUGCAGCUCAAAUAGGUGAAGCCAAUAAACGAAAUACUUAUCCAAACAUAUCAUUCAAGGUCUCUCGAGCUGAGUCAAUCCCUUUAAGCGAUGAAUCCGUUUCCCUUGUAACUGCAUCUCAAUGUCUCCAUUGGUUCGACUUGAAAGCAUUUUACAACGAAGUUGAUCGCCUUUUGGUUCCUGGCGGUGUGUUUGCCGCUUUUGGUUACUUCGUUUAUCCAAUCAUUUCAAUGGAUAAUUGUUCAGUUGACAAUAAAUUAGCUCAAGUAAUCAAAAAGGCUUACACUGAUUUAGAGGAGAUGGGAUACUGGGAACAACCAGCAAUGAAGUUUCUCCAUUCAAAUUAUGUUGAUUUGAAAUUACCUUUCGACGAUUGUGUAAGAAUAACUGGAAUCAAAUGUCCAGUUACUUAUUCAGGUCAGAAGUGCCUUGAUUAUAUCAAAUCGUGGUCAGCUUAUAAUUCACUAGUCAAGAGUAAUCCAGAAAAGGCCAAAUUAUUCAUUGACGAAGCAGUUGGUCGAAUGAAAAAUAUUCUCAAUUGCGAAGAUAUUUAUUCAAUUCAAAUUAAUCUUACCUUUGAAUUUUUUCUUCUCAUGUCAAGAAAAUGAUUUAUUUUAAUUCCUCAAAGUUACUUCAAAUAAAUGUCUAUCGAUAUUCAAUUGUGUCUAACAAUCUCAUUACCACAAGUGACAAUGUCCCAUGUAAAAUAACUGACUAAUUUUAUUAUUUUGAUUUAAUAAAGCAGAAUAACUUGUUUCAAGAUUCAAAA